AUGCAAGCGAGUAAUGUGACGAAAAAUUUACGCUGUACUUUGUUCCUCAACUCGCUUGUCGGAGCAGCAAGCAGUUGGUUUAACAAGUUUACUCAUCAUUCAAUAACUUCCAGGGAGCAGCUCUCCAGGGAUUUCAAAAAACAGUUCCAGGCUAAUAGGGAUAGACGAUUCGAAGCGGCCUUGCUAACCAAUAUAAAGCAGCAACCCGACAAGACACUUAAGGCGUACUUAAGUCAUUUUAGCACGGCUACAGCUAGGGUUAGGAAUUUGGAUGAUAGUACACAACUUACAGCCCUUCAGGUGGGGAUCUCUACUGAUCCAUCAACUGCAGGGGGCGAGCUGUGGGAUGACUUACAAGGUCGUCUAGUAAGAAACAUCACUGAGUUUGCUGAAGGGGCUCAAGUAUUUGUUCGGAAAGAAGAAGCCCGAAAGGAAAUGAAUUUGUUGAAAACAAGCUCGGGAGGAAAACCCAAAAAUGCUUCAACAAGCAUUGUUUCCACGAGAAUGGAUAACUUGGGGGCUUCUGGUUCGAAGAGAAAGGACGGUUCUAAAGAAUCAUCGAAGGAUAAAAAAGAAAUAAAAGAACACCAGGGAUACAACCAGCCCAAUCUGCCUAAUAACCCAAACAACCAGGUGUUACAACCUCUUCCUGUUGAAGGAGAGGACAUCCUGGUUAUUUCGAGAGGGCCACAUAUCUCAGGGGAAAACAAUAGUGCCCAGAAAAGAUAUGUGAAAGAGAUAAAGAACGAGCAGUCGACAUUCACCCCAGAACCUUCCAAGAAGGUGAAAACCGAAGAACCUCCUAUUAUAUUCACGGAGAAAGACGAGAAAAACGUGAGAUAUCCUCACGUCGAUUCAAUGGUGAUUACCAUUCAACUCGCCAAUAAAAGGAUCAAGAGAGUGUUAAUAGACAACGAGAGCUCGGUAAAUAUCCUUUAUAAGAAAACUCUAAGGAAGACAGGGUUCGAAAAAGCUAAACUGAGGCCUUGCAAGGUGAAUCUUUACAGAUUCACCGAAGACAGCAUUGUUAGUCUUGGCAUAAUUGAGCUCGCAUUAACUUUGGGCAACGCACCCCUCUUGGCAACUGUUAUGCAAGAUUUCUUAGUUGUCGACCUGCCAUUAGCUUACAACAUAUUGUUGGGUCGUCCAGCACUGAUCGAACUAGUGGCAGUCAGUUCAAUCAAGCACCUAUCUUUGAAAUUCCAAACACCAGAAGGAGUGGGAGUGGUGCGUGGCAACCAGAUGCUGGCUCGCAAUUGCUAUCGCAUAGAGUUGCAGCAUAGGAAAGUCGAACAUUAG